UAUCUUGAGGGACUUUAACCAAACAUCUACACCAGAGAGGACGGUGUGGCACUGCUCAAGAAAAGCACGUUUUUAUACUUUACUUGCUUUGGAUCCAGUUACAGAGAAUCCAGUGAUCGAUAUGGACCAGUGCCGCAGGACCCUUCCGUACAUGGACAUUUGCCCCAGAUGUCGUGCCCACGCCGAGCUCAUUUUGGGGCUGAAGAAAACCACAGCAGUUUGCAUCGACUGCGCCGUAGACCCAACGUGGACCAACCCCCAAGAAAACUGGGGAGAAGGUGGAGUCACAGUGAGCAAGGGUCGGGAAUUUCACGGCAACAUUGGAACCAGCCGGAUUAUCGUACAGCAUCAGAAAUACACAGUGUUUGAACAACUAAGUGGAGAUAAAGAGUUGAUCAUCUUGUACAAUUACUCGGGUAGGGCAUACGUGCUACCGAGACGCAAUGGGACAGUGAAAUCUCAAAUACCAAAUGUUCCUUCAAGUAAUACCCCAUUAGAGGAGAAAAGCAUACCAAACUUAAGUCUAUAUCCUCUCCUUGUAUCCCUGUUACUGAAUGAUGAACCGCCAGAAAAGCACGCCAAGUCACCAGGGGGCACCGUGGACAAGAUAAGCACGACCCUACAGCAAGCUAAAGCUGAUGAAAUAAAAAUGGACCAAUUCAAAACACAAAAAUCAAGCAACGUUGCCAUAAAAGCGUGUGGCAAUGCCGUGGAGCAAAACGAUGAAGUAAAUGUAAACAAUAGCUUGCGUACUAAUUAUAAACAAGCAACGUUGUCUAAUUUUGCAACUUCACUAGCUCAGUUACAUCCAGAAGAAAGCCUGAAACAACAAAAAAUGAAACAAACAGAGGUGGACCAGCAAAACAUCUCAAAAAACAUACCACGGCAAGCAGCUAUCUUGACGUCAUCCCAAGAAAACUGUUCUCGAAAUGGGCCAGUGAAGACAAGCAAAAAUGACUACCCUUACACAAGACUUUCGCCAACUUCAAUAGGGCAAGUCAAGCCGCAAGAAAAGGAAACGGCAAAUCGAGUUGAAAAGGUAAAAGCCAGCAACAAAGAGGAUAUAUCGUACACCAUAGAGCAUCUGCCGCUACCAAUUUUAGCUCUGGUAAAUCCAGCAAAAAGCCUAAAACGACGGAAAUACAAACAAAGACGUGCCCAUGGGCAAAAAUGGGUAUUCCACGAGUUUUCUAGCCCAAAAUAUAAACCAAUUAUGACCUCCAGCAUACACAAUUUGCAAACCCAGGGCGCAUGUUGCUGUGCUUUGACAAACCAUUCACAAAAUAACGCAGUAGACGUAGUAAGUAAUUGUUGUAUGGAGCCCUGUGAGGCAAUCUGGACACCAAACCAAGAUAUUGCCAGAAUGCCAAUAUACUCCCAGCAUGCAAAACCACCCACCGUUAGAACCGCAGUGGAGCGUACCUUGCCACCAGAGGGAGCUGUUGAAUGGCGAUUAAAGAUCACGCAAGAAAAUGUUAAUCAAACUGAGUUGUCCAAUCUAAGCCACCAACUGAGCAGCGGCUACGCCAACAGCAUCUUUUGUUGUGAGCUGAGUAAACAAAACACACUGCACAAGCUCGCAAAUUCAGCAGACAUAAGCAGUCCGCCAGAAUGUGAUUGUGACCGGUUGUACAAAGUCGGACAAGAUAAUAUGCCUCAAAUGGAUGAGAUGUCCAGCAGAAAACCGUCAACCAAUUGGUACCAAACAGGCGUAUUUUGCUGUAAUAUGGCAAAUCCUGAGCCUGUAAUUCAUAAACAACAAGUACAGAUUCCAAACGCAAUGAACUGGACAGAUCAGAUGGAAACACGAACCCUAGCCAACCAAAACCUAGACAAUUGUGUGCCGCCUGACCUCUGUUACAGUGAAUUUGUCAACCUUCAAACAGCGCCAGAGCAAGUAAGUUUACAAACAGAACCUGUUGACUUGACGUGCAAAUCCGCAACGAAAGAAAUUCACGGCCAACAUGCAAGCAACCAGGAAAGCGGCCUUUUGUACCCCUAUAGCGUCUUCAAUAGUGAUAGUGUAAUCGUUGAAUCAUUGCCAACGUCUACAGAUCAAGCAAAACCAUCAGAAGAAGGGCGUAACAAGGAUUACAAGAUGGGGACGCAAAUAAACUGUACUCAAAUUGAGCCAGAGGAGAUGUGCAACCAAUUUAGAAAUCUCUAUCCCUACAGCAUCUUCAAUAUGCCAAGCACGGAACCACUGCCAACUUCAACAGAGCAUGUCAAGAACAAAAAAAGAGCAAAGGAAGUAGCCACACAAAUAUGCAAUCCAGUUGAAAAGACAAAGGCAAGAAACAAAGCUGAUAUACAACACCCCACGCAGAAUUCGCAGCUCGCAACUUUAGUCACUGACGUCAAGACACCACAACAAGCAACGACAAUGACGUGUAAAACUUCUCAAGAUAAGUCUCCAGUGGACACGAAGAUUGAAAAGACACACGUGAUGGUCAAACUAGAAAAUGUAGAAGAUCACAAUCAAGGUGAAAACGUUGAAGGUAGAAACAACAAAGCGGAUAUAAUGCACCCAACAACGCAACCAGACUUCGCAAUGUUAGGUACUCAUGUGGAAAUAACUCAGCAAGAAACUGUCAUGACAUGUAAAACUUCUCAAAAAACUCAAAUAAACAAGCCAACGGAAAAGGAGAUUGAAAAAACAUACGUAGUGGUCAAAGUAGAAGAUGUAGAAGAUCACAAUCAAGUUGAAAAUGCUGAAGGUAGAAACAACAAAGCGGAUAUAUUGCAAUCCACAACGCAACCCUUGGCUACCGGUGUGGAAAUGACUCAGCAAGAAACUGUCAUGACAUGUAAAACUUCUCAAAAGCCUCAAAUAAACAAGCCAACAGAAAAGGAGAUUGAAAAAACAUACAUAGUGGUCAAAGUAGAAGAUGUAGAAGAUCACAAUCAAGUUGAAAAAGCUGAAGGUAGAAACAACAAAGCGGAUAUAAUGCACCCAACAACGCAACCAGACUUCGCAACGCUAGGUACUCAUGUGGAAAUGACUCGGCAAGAAACAGUACUGACAUAUAAAACUUCCCAAGAUAAGUCUCCGCAAAUAAACAAGCCAUCGGAAAAGAAGAUGGAAAAGACACCAAUAAUAGUCAAACUAGAAAAUCUAGAAAAACACGAUCAAGUUGUGGAAAUGACUCAGCAAGAAACUGUCAUGACAUGUAAAACUUCUCAAAAGCCUCAAAUAAACAAGCUAACGGAAAAGGAGAUUGAAAAAACAUACGUAGUGGUCAAAGUAGAAAAUGUAGAAGAUCACAAUCAAGUUGAAAAUGCUGAAGGUAGAAACAACAAAGCGGAUAUUAUGCACCCAACAACGCAACCAGACUUCGCAACGUUAGGUACUCAUGUGAAAAUGACUCGGCAAGAAACAGUACUGACAUAUAAAACUUCCCAAGAUAAGUCUCCGCAAAUAAACAAGCCAUCGGAAAAGAAGAUGGAAAAGACACCAAUAAUAGUCAAACUAGAAAAUCUAGAAAAACACGAUCAAGUUGUGGAAAUGACUCAGCAAGAAACUGUCAUGACAUGUAAAACUUCUCAAAAGCCUCAAAUAAACAAGCUAACGGAAAAGGAGAUUGAAAAAACAUACGUAGUGGUCAAAGUAGAAAAUGUAGAAGAUCACAAUCAAGUUGAAAAUGCUGAAGGUAGAAACAACAAAGCGGAUAUAUUGCAAUCCACAACGCAACCCUUGGCUACCGGUGUGGAAAUGACUCAGCAAGAAACUGUCAUGACAUGUAAAACUUCUCAAAAGCCUCAAAUAAACAAGCUAACGGAAAAGGAGAUUGAAAAAACAUACGUAGUGGUCAAAGUAGAAAAUGUAGAAGAUCACAAUCAAGUUGAAAAAGCUGAAGGUAGAAACAACAAAGCGGAUAUAAUGCACUCAACAACGCAACCAGACUUCGCAACGUUAGGUACUCAUGUGGAAAUGACUCAGCAAGAAACUGUCACGACAUGUAAAACUUCUCAAAAGCCUCAAAUAAACAAGCCAACGGAAAAGGAGAUUGAAAAAACAUACGUAGUGGUCAAAGUAGAAAAUGUAGAAGAUCACAAUCAAGUUGAAAAUGCUGAAGGUAGAAACAACAAAGCGGAUAUAUUGCAAUCCACAACGCAACCCUUGGCUACCCGUGUGGAAAUGACUCAGCAAGAAACUGUCCACAACAAAGAGGAACCAAGUAAGGUGAAGAAUACAGACACGUCGCCACUCAUGCACGCUUCCAGGGGCAAUCUGCUUGAAUUUGAAACCAUGGAAGACUUCAAGAAAGCAAUCCUAGCUGGUAUGUUUGCGACGCCAAAUAAGGCCUCGAAUGCCAAAAGUCAUACGGAAAAAAAUAAAGGAAGUGGGAAUGAGAAUGAGGAUGAACCUUGUAUACUACUCCAUUUCGCACACGUAUCUAACCCUGAACUAACUUCGCAAGAGCUCUCAAAUGGGACUGCCGAUUUCCAAAGUCCUCAACGUAAGGAAACUGGACAGAUGGCCGACUUCACUCCAAACAACAUUAGAGCAACGGAGCAAGUCCUUAACAAAGAGACUGUAUAUCAAUUUGAGCAAAGUUUGGUCCAAGACGAUGACACAAGAGGCUCAGCUAAAUGUGAGACUGCCAACGAAAAGGGAACCAAGCCGAGAAUCCAAAAAGCAGUGAGUGAACAGCUAACAAGAAAGCUGAAAAGAGCAAGAAGUUAUGAAGACUGUACAGAAGAAGUCAUGGAAACAACCCAGAGCAAAGUAAACAUGCUAAAAGGUCAGUCAGAAGAAGUGGUGCACAUUGGUUAUGAAGAAACGCCGAAAGGGGAAGUCACUGAACGACGUCAAAACAAAGCAAAUGUGUCCAAAGGUCAACAAAAAGAGGAUGAAUUGCUAAAUACGUCAAAUUCCGACGGUGAUAUGCAUUGUAAAACAUUGGUAGAAUCAAUAACGCGAGGAGGAAAAGACCAAAUUGGACCAAGAGUGUACACAAAAGACUGUUCACGUAUCCAAAAGGCAGUGAGUAAACAGCUCACAAGAAAGCUGAAGCUAAAGAGACCAAGAAAUAAUGUAGAUUGUGCAGAAGGAGUGGUGGACAUAAGCGACAAAGAAGUCACCGAAAUACCUCAAAACAAAGCGGAUAUGUCUAAAGGUCAAGAAAAAGAAGAUGAAUCACUAAAUACAUCAUGUUCCUAUGGUGAUAAGCAAUCUAAAACAUCACCAGAAUCAAUAUUGCAAAGGCGAAUGGAUGAAACUGAUGCAGAAGACAGUCCUAGUUCUCAAAUCGAAGCGAAGAACACAGGGCAAGACAAUCAAGAAGACAAGAAAAACAUGAUAGACUGCACAGAUGAGUUUCAAAAAUUGCAAAUUGUAAGCGAGCAAAUGGUGAAAGCAAAAGAAGCACCAGCUGCCAUAAUUCAGAAAGUCAGUCAGUCAAACACCCAUGAGCCGACCGUCGAAGCAUCACCAGAGCAACAAAAAGAAAUAACCGAAAAGCUUAAACAAGAUUACCUAUGUCGAAAUGACGGAAUGAAAAUCUACAAAGAUUUAAGAGUAGAAUUAGUCAAUAUUGAGUUUUGUCUCGAGAAUGGAGGGAUAUUUACGGAUGCAUUGGGAAAAGCUAAUAAAACUAGUACGACCACGCAACCUGAGUCAAGUUUUGGCUCCAAAAUGGUGGAGCUUCUGAUAAAGCAACACGAAGACUGGAGAGACUGGAAUUUGGAGAUAAACAGUGAACGCAGGCUUGUAUUAAGGAAUGGGAAAUCUGUCAAUAGUUCAGAAUCACUGACGGUGUACCGAGAGCAAGAAGAGUCUGUGGAAAAUAUUUACAGAACAAGACAUUUUUAUAAAACGCAAGUCUCUGCAAGCCCAAAAUAUGACACAAUGAAAACGGACUUUAAAGAGAAACUGAAAAGACAAGCUACGGAAUUUGAGCACCGAGGGGUUGCUACGAAGCGAAGAAUGCAAGAACAACAAUGUCAUAAAAGCAAAAUGAACAGAGAUAGAAAAAACGAAGAUCAAGGCCAGAAAUCAGGGUUUUGUUUGGAGUAUUUGCAAGCUAAAAAAAAACUUGGAACACUUCAGAUGAGGGUGAGUUCAGUUCCAGAAGAUGUACACAAGCAUCCAGACGCAAGAAAAGCUGUAAAGUCAAUACACCAAGGCUUCAGGUGGACAAAAAGUUUUUUUAAACUGAAGAGGUGCUCAAAAAUGGAAAGAAAGAGAAAACAAUUUAAAAAGAUGACCGCUAGUAAUGUUCGAAAAAUGAAAACUCACUCUAAAAGUAAUGAUCCAAGGCAGUACAACAAAAAUUAUAAAAAGAAACAUUGGAUCCCUAGACCACAAGUUCCUAAUCAAACUGCCAAAAAGAACAGUCAAGAACAAGGAAGGAAAAGAGAGAACAAUAAUCUUCCCCAAGAUCCAAAAAGACAGAGGACACUUAAAAUCCGUGAAUGCUUUAUGGAAAAUUUGGCCAAGUAUGUACAUGCAAGAAAUGUUAAGUCAAAACAAAAAGACGUAAGGAAGACAAUGGAGAUCUCAAAACAAGAAAGUCAACCUGAAAUGGAAAGAAAGGAAAACACUCCAAACACUUCCACUGAAAGCCAAGUGUCAAGGAGCUACAACCUGGAUGAAACUUAUCAUGUAAGCAGUGACACAGCUAGCGAUGAUGAAGAAACAACGAAAAAAUUGAAAAGACAAGCUACAGAUUUUGACCAUCAAGUGGUGGCUAAGAAGCGAAGGACUCAAGAACAACAAUGUAGUAAAAGCAAAAUGAUUAAAGAUCGAAAAAACAAAGGUCAAGACCAGAAAUCAGCUGUUCGUUUGGAGGUUUCGCAAGCUAAAAAAAAACUUGGGACACUUCAGAUGAGAGGGAGUUCAGUUCCAGAAGACGUACGCAAGCAUCUAUACGCAAGGAAAGCUGGAAAGUCAAUACACAAAGGCUUCAGAUGGACAAAGAGUUUUUUAAAACUAAAAAGUUGCUCAAAAAUGGAAAGAAAGAAGAAACUGCUAAAAAUUAUGGCUGCUAGUCAUGUUCCAAAAAUGAAAACUCACUCUAAAAGUAAAGAUUCACAGCAGUAUAAUCAGAAAAAAAGGUAUAACUUAACAAAAACCCAAAGCUCAUCAAAGGGAAGUUCAAAAAUGUAUUACAACAGAGGAAGCAGUAAUGAUGAGGAUUACAAAACAGGAAUGAACACAAAAAAUGCUAUUUCUCUCAAAAACUUUGAAAAGAAACAUCAAGAAACAAUGCUGCUUCAAGACGUACCCCAAUGUUCAAAAGAUCUGGAGAUGCUUUACCAAAAAGCAAAGCCGAAAACAUCAGCAAAUGUGAUCCCAAACAAGGAUUACAAGAAAGGAAUGAACUCUAAAAAGCAAAUUUCUGUUAAGGAUUAUAAAAAGAAGCAUCGGACUCAAGACAAAGAAAGCAAAGAAGUGAUUCAAGAAAAUGAAAACUGCAAGAUACAUCUGCAUCAAGACCUACCCCAAUGUUCAAAAGAUCUAGAGAUGUUUCAGCUUGAAGAUCCAAGGUCUCAAAACCCUGUCCAAGACAACUUUGCACUUUCAGUAAAGUCAAAAAGUGUAGAAAGAUCUGGAAAUGCAAACUCAAGCAAGGAUUGCAAUAAAGGAAAUAUGAUCUCAAAUGAUUACAAGAAUGGAACAAUCUCCAAAAGACGAAUUUCUCUCGAAGAUUAUAAAAAGAAGCCUCGGACUCAAGACAACAAAAGUAAAAGUGAAAUGAUUCAACAAAAUGAAAACAGCAAGAUACAUCUACAUCAAGAACUACCCCAACAUUCAAAAGAUCUAGAGAUGUUUCACCUUGAAGAUCCAAGGUCUCAAAACCCUGCCCAAGACAACUUUGCACUUUCAAUAAACCCAAAAAGUGUAGAAAGAUCAGCAAACACAAGUUCAAGCAAGGAUUACAAGAAAGGAACAAACACCAAAAAACUAAAUUCUCUUGACUAUUAUAAAAAGAGGCGAACUCAACACAACAAAAGUAAAAGUGAAAUGAUUCAACAAAAUGAAAAAGGCAAGAUACCUCUACAUCAAGACGUACCCCAGUGUUCAAAAGACCUAGAGAUGUUUCAUCUUAAAGAUGUAAGGUCUCAAAACCCUGCCCAAGACAACUUUGCACUUUCAAUAAACCCAAAAACUGUAGAAAGAUCAGGAAAUAUGAUCUCAAAUGAUUACAAGAAUGGAACAAUCUCCAAAAGACGAAUUUCUCUCGAAGAUUAUAAAAAGAAGCCUCGGACUCAAGACAACAAAAGUAAAAGUGAAAUGAUUCAACAAAAUGAAAACAGCAAGAUACAUCUACAUCAAGAACUACCCCAACAUUCAAAAGAUCUAGAGAUGUUUCACCUUGAAGAUCCAAGGUCUCAAAACCCUGUCCAAGACAACUUUGCACUUUCAAUAAACCCAAAAACUGUAGAAAGAUCAGGAAACGUGAUCUCAAAUGAUUACAAGAAUGGAACGAUCUCCAAAAGACGAAUUUCUCUUGAAGAUUAUAGAAAAUACAAGCAAAGCCAAGGUGAAAGGAAUGAACGCAAAAACAAGAUACCUCUAGAUCUAGAAGGACUAUCCAAACCUAAUUUUAAAGUUUCAAGAAAUGGAGAUUUUAGGAGAAAAAAGCUGAAGCAAUACUUUUUUAAAAUGGAAAAUGGCACUAAGAUUGUAGUCUAUCGUAAAAAACAUCGAAAAAAACGGCAUGGAUGUCUGGAUCCAAACGCAUAUCACGCCAGUAUAGAGUUUACAAAUCCAGAAUAUAUUGAGAUGUGUAAACAUAUUGAAAACUCAAUAAAAGAAGAUAAGAUUUCCCAGUCAGGUAUUUUCAGCCGCUCUUUUAACUCCAGUAUGUGUCACGCCAAGGAAGACGCCAAUUCAUCCCAAUCAAGUACAUCGUCUUCGGAAUCACCCCAAGAAACCAACAAUUUACGCAAUCAAAAGUUUACAGAAAAACGAUGUUCAAAAACUCAAAAUGAAACAAGAAAUUCGGAAAGUCAAGCAUCAACCGAGGCAGAGAUAACAAAGAUUUCAAACCAAGAAAGAAAAAGCGGUACUAGAAAAGGUUAUGGCGAAGCUCACAAACCAACACAACCUUCAGAAAUAGUUCAAGAGUCGAAAAGGGUAUCUAAAACUGAUCGCAUACAGUCAAGAUCUUCUCAGAGGGAUUCAAAAAGACGGACCCCUACUCGAUGUCAUGAAAGAACGACAAAUAAAAGACGUGGAGACCGGCGUGAUGGCGAUUCUAGCAAAGAUUUGAAGCGAGAUCGGGACAAGUAUCCAGAUAACACUGCAAAGCGAAGAAGAAGUUAUGAAAGGGUGAAUGAGAGGUCCACCAAAACAGAAGACGGCAAAAUAAAUGUCUCAUCUCGUAGAAGAACGCCUGAUAGAAAUGUAAGAGAAAGACGCCUAUCGCGAAGAUCUCGAGAUGAUUUCAAGAAUACGGUGAGACCACGGAAUACAGAAUCGGCAUCCAGAAAUCGCCAAAAAGAUGGAAAUCGCACCAGGACAGAGACAAGCACGGUUACGAGACAAGAAACCCAACUUCCAGAUCCAAAGUCAAAAGUUGCAAAAGCUAAAGAUCCCCGGUUACAAACGAGAAUGCGAAGAGAAUCCCAAAAUGCCAACGCUGAAGCUCCUCCAACUUUAAGCCAAGAAGAAAAGCCACUGAAAGAAGGACAAUCUGGUGAAGUUAAUAAUCCUGCAAAUUCAGGUAUAUGGAUGCACGUGUUUGACAGAAAUCGUCAAAGAAUUAACCAAAAUACAAAAGAGGAAAGCGUCUGUUCGUGGUUUGAGUUAUGGAUAAAAUCUCUGCCCAGUAACACGCAAAAAAGCAAAGAACUGCAAAGACUGACAAGAUUUUUAACCGGUAGCGCUAACUCCUACCUGGUUUUCCGAGAAUGGGGGUACGUUACGCAGUCACUGAAAAGCAAGUCUUUUCAAAUCCUCUCGUUCAAGGAUCAAAAUAAUAAAUGGGAGCUUACAGUAUAUAUCACAGCAUAUAUGCAUGUGGGACUGUACGUUUGUGUCAGAGAACUAUCUGAGUCGCCAAAUUCUCAGCGAGAGAAGAGUUUUAUCGUCGUUGGACAAUACGCAGAAAAAAAUCCAAGUUACGAUGGUCGGUUUGAAACAUGCAAGCCAAGGGAAAGUUACGAAGUUAGAGGUGUUUUCCAAAACCAAAAUGAAAGAUUUAAUUAUGGAAGAGAGCAUUAUGAUGGAUGGCCAGGAAAUCCAAACUCUUUCAAGCCUUGUUUGGAUGGAAACCCAGGAAGAUUUAAUUAUGAGGGAAGGUUAAGAAGAUUUUAUCAUGAUGGAUGGACAGGAAAUCCGAAUUCGUCCAAGCCUUGUUUCGAUGGAGAGCCAGGAAGAUUUAAUUAUGAUGGAAGGUCGGGAUAUCCAAAUUCAAGAACACAAUAUUGGAAUGCAAGAGCCAGGAUAAUUAGAAGACAACUUGAAGCACAAAAUGGCGUCGCAGCUCCUCCAAAGACGGAAGCUCCCUUGACUGAAGAUGUCUAGAUGAGGAUAAAGAAAUGACUCAGAGACCUGAAUGGAGACAGAGGGACAGACGCCCCGAGACACGAUGGACACCUUUGGAAGUCCAUAACUUUGCCUUUUAUUUAGUCAUGACAAAACAAAAAAUAAGUCUACUUUUUCUAUUCUCAAAAAUGUGCAAUGUUCUAUUUUUAUACUUAUUUGUAAAUAAACUGUUGUACAUGUGUGUUCUUA